UUUUCGGAAGGUAAAAGAGAAUAAAUUUCUUUUGACUUCUUCUCACUUGAUUGCCCACACUCCAUUAUAUUUUGUUGAAUAUUGUCUUAUUUUCGAUUUUAUUUGGCUAUAAUACCCAUGAUCUGUGAAUUAUUGAUUGAAUAAACAUUUUCGGAAGGUAGAAGAGAAGAAAUUUUAUUAGUUGAAGAAAAGCAAGCUUGAAGCCUAUUGCUGGCGGUGGUGAACAGGGUCAAGGAGGGGCUCAGCGAGAGCUUCGGAAGGAGAAGGAUGCGCAGUCAGAUAUGUUCAAUCUACCCUGAAUUGGCAAACUUCACGGAUUACAUUCAUCAUCAGGGUGACUUCACACUGGUGAAGUGGUUCCUGAAGGCUAGAACUGAGCUCAUCCGACUGAACAAAUACUCGUUUAGCCAGGCAGUGAAGAUUUGUUCAUUAUGCAACAUGAAAGAAGAAGAGGACGUGCCACACUUCAUUGCAAGAUGUCCCAUCCUUUCUGAAAUCCGGAGAAGACAACUGAACAACAGUAUCCUCACAACUCAGGAGCUGAAGUCAAGACUAAACGGGCAGGACUGGGAAGCUGUAGGCCGGUACUGCAAAGAAGCGUGGCAGUACAGAUACUCUCUUGUGCAGGAAUACAACUUUUGAAAAAAA